AUGUCUACGGAAGCCCUCCAUCGUCAUAUAUUGGCGAAAUGGCAAACCUCUUUCUCCCGCCUCAAUCGCGACCAGCCAGGUAUCUCGGGGCUACUUGCCAUCAGCGAGGCAUGGACACUGGCCGCGGGAUUUUUAUAUCCGAUUGAUCUCACGAAUCCCUCAGCGAAGAAAGAGUAUAAUACUAUGGAGGUUAAGUCCGCUGUAGAAGUCCUGAGCAAGGCAAAGAUGCUACCAAUGCUGUUAGAGAACUUUCUAGAGGAUAUGCGGAAGCAGCAACAUUUGAUAAGUAAGGAGUACCAGGAAGCCUCAGAGGUGCAGUAUAUUGCCCGCUUGGUUUUCCGCCUUCUUGAGUGGUACAAGGCAUGGGUACCAAUCCAUGAAUUGGGACACACUAUCGUCUCAACAUACACGUUAAAUUUUCAGACUCAUGUCUUUUCCAUUCUUCCGCCGUCUUUCUCCAAGGGCUUCAAGGAUCUUGUAGCUUCAACUUUUGAGCUUGUGCAAUCGUCGUCACCACCGCCAUGGGCACCCCCUACUCAGGUGCAAGAUCGGUCACGCAGGCACGAUCUUCCGCUUUGGACGGCUUUUGACCAACUCGGUCUGUUAGACCGGUAUGAAUCUCUCAUCUCGAGUGUUUGUUACGACCAUAUCGAAGCGCAUGUCCUUGAGACAUGCACAGGGAAAUGGGAAGAACCUAUGCUCAAGGAGCUGCGUAAUUGGAUGGCGGACAAAAUUGUACCAUGGAUGUUGAUGCCAUAUGCAAGAGGCGCAAGAAAUACGGAAGAAGCAAGAUCUAUGCUGCAGGGGGUGGGUUCGAGGUUCGACUUCCAUGUUUGCAAGACAUUAAGUGAUUUACGGACCCGCGAGAUCUUCGAUAUAAUUGUUGAUUACCCAGAUUCAUCGAGCGCAUUGUAUGAUUUGAAGGAAUGUCUUGCACGCGUGGACCAACGCGCUCAAGUCGUCCAGACGUUGCGGAAAGCGAACAAGAAACGACUUUUACAUCCGGGCGCAGAUACCAAAGACAUCUUAACUCAAUAUGUAUCUAUAAUCCGCUGUUUACGCAUUGUCGACCCCCCUGGUGUAUUGUUAUUCAAAGUUGCUGAUCCGAUUCGGAAAUACCUCAGAGAGCGCCCGGACACGAUCCGUUGUAUUGUAGCGAGUUUGGUUGGGGAUGGAGAAAGUGGCGACUCCUUAGUUGAUGAGAAUGAGCCGAUACAACCGCUUCAGCAGAUGCAAGUGGAAGAUUAUACUGAUCCAAACUGGGAGCCAGAACCAAUCGAUGCGGGACCAGAUUUCCGGACGAAUAAGCCCGGAGAUGUGAUCAGCACUCUGGUCAGUAUAUAUGAUUCGAAAGACUUAUUUGUGAAGGAACUACAGGUUUUACUUGCUCAACGGCUAUUGGCAAUCACGGAUGGUAACUUUGAGCGGGAGCGGCGAAACAUCGAAAUUUUGAAGAUUCGCUUCGGAGAGCCUGCGCUGCAAGUAUGUGAGGUCAUGUUAAAGGACAUGACGGAUUCUAGGCGCAUGGAUCAGCAUGUCCAGUCCCAGAAAAAUUUGGUUCUACAUCCCACUGUGAUAUCUAGACAUUUUUGGCCACCUUUACAGUCGGGUAAUUUCAUAAUGCCUGGACAGUUUAAGCGAAUCCAGGAAGAAUAUGCAAAUGAAUUUACAACCUUCAAACCAGAUAAGAAAUUGCGCUGGCUUCCACACCUUGGGACUCUCCAUUUGGAAAUCGAGCUCCAAGAUCGUACUGUGUCCGUCGAUGUACCGCCUCUAGAGGCCGCUUUCAUUGAAUUAUUCUCUGAAAAAGAUGUCUGGGGUAUCGAUGAAUUGAUCGGUCAUGUUGGAUCUGUGGAUCGCGCGACCGCUUUCAAAGCCCUCUCGACUUGGGUGGAUCUAGGUAUCCUAGAGGAGGAUGAGCAAAAUCAAUACCGUCUUUUGGAGGUUGCUGCGGACGUCUCGACCUCGGGUCGCAAACCCGCGCCUUUGAAAUCAGCUCAAGUGAUGGAGGAAGUGCCCGCAAUUUUGACUAUCCAGCAACAGCAAGCCGAGCAGAUGAAAGUCUUCUGGAAGGCAAGUCUUCUCGGCAUGAACUUCAUCGAGGGCAUGCUCACCAAUCUUGGGACACUGAGCUUGGACCGUAUACAGACCAUGUUGAAGUUUGCGCCGGGUUACGAUCGGACUAUUGAACAGCUUGGUACAUUCAUGGAAGCUGCUAGGCGAGAGGGUCUUGUAACGGUUAAGGACGAGACUUCAACCUACUCGCACUUCGAUGUUGAGCAUCACAACCAGUCGGACCGACCACGUUCCAUUAUGCUAUCUUCCAAACCACUCAGUGAGCUCGAUGCUUGUUCCAUUGCGUCUGAAUCUACAUCUGCCAAGGACGAAAUUCCCGAUGGGCUUCACAACUAUGAAAUGCACGAAGAGCUUGGGCGCGGUGCUACGUCUAUCGUCUACCGCGCAAUCUGUAAACGGGGUAGACUGCGCGGCCGUCAAGUUGCUCUGAAGAAGAUACUUCUGGGUGUAGGGGAAAAGUCGGCAGGUUCUACGUAUCUCACGACCUCAACCUGCUUGCACCAAUCACUCUAUCACCCAUCUGUCGUAUCCCUGUUAUCCAAAUUUUCUGGGCCUUCCGGCCACUACCAUGUUCUGGAGCUCUGUUCUCGCGGUACACUCUCUACAUUUCUUCAUUCGCGAUGCCCACCCAUCCUUCAUGAGGAUGAACUCAGAAGGGUCCUCAAGCACCUGGUAGAUGCUCUUGUAUAUCUCAGGAAGGAGCGCGUCUUGCACAGAGACAUCAAAACUAGCAAUAUAUUACUCACCGAAGACUUCCGUGUCAAACUAUCUGAUUUUGGACUUGCGACUCGACUGCCUACAGAGGCGUCUACGAGUUCCACAUUUUGUGGUUCCCCCAACUAUGUUGCGCCUGAGGUCGUUUCGCGCCUGCCGUACGGGUUCAGUGCAGACAUUUGGUCACUAGGCUGUUUCGUAGUGACGUGCCUUACAGGGACUCCUCCUUUUGAGGCACCUUCUGUUGGUGAAAUCUUCAGCAACAUCGCGCGCGGUGAAUAUGUGGUUCCUCGUAAUGUGUCACUCGAAGCCAGGGACCUGAUAAACGUGUUACUCCAGCCUGAUCCAGUCCACCGCAUCUCUUUACAUCGGAUUUUGGCACAUCCUUUCUUCAAACCCUCACUUCCGACCAAGGCUUUAUCAAACACCGCACACCCACAGUUCCGUCGACAGCGUCAAGAAAGCCAGCAAGAAAAUUCCAUAAAUCUUCCCCCCCUGAAGGCGUCUCGGUACCCCAGCCAUUUGUCCAAAGAAUCCUCAAACUAUCUGCGUCAGCCCUUCAAAACUCGGACGGGGUCGGCACCGACACCCAUCACUCAACCAAAGAGACUUCUGACAGAUACUCUGAACAAGGACGUGCGAAACCUGCUUAACGACGAGCUGAGUUCCGGAAUCUCUCGACGUUUCUUCUCUGUGCCGGUCUCUAAACAUGCCAUGAAUAUGAACACUGGGCAACUCCUCCGGCCCCCUUCGGAGGUACUUCCUGAGAUUCUGUCGCCGACACCUGGGUUGACUCCGGAUUCUGGAUCUGUGCGUUCUGGAACUGCAUUUGAGCUGGGGGCUUGCGCUUUUAAGCCUACAAAGGGGAGUAUUGUCCUGGCUGAGUGUCCUCCACCUGCUGUUUCGACUGGCUCUCCGAAGGCCUGUAACAUAGUCCGGAAACAUCACAUCACAUCAAAGCUAACGCGAGAUCGGGCUAGCUCCUUGGUGUCUAUGGCUUCUGAGACGGACUCUGAAGGGGUCGCUUGCGGUGUUGUAGCUGGGUCGGCAUCUGAUAGGGGCUUGUCUGGGAACUCUGUACCGCUGCAAAUGCGCCAUUCUCAGGACACGUUUGCUCGAAUCUCGAAUCUACCUGCGGGACGUCCUCAGCACCCAGUGUUCUCUACGGCUUAUCUACACUGUGGCACACACAAGACCGUGAAUGGACAAAUUAUAGUGCUUCCGUCAAAGUCUCUUCUAAUCGACUUUCGUGAAGGCGAACGUCGGAAAGGUCGGAAGGGUAAUGAAGUCCUCUUGGUUAGCCCCGAAGGUGACACGAUACAGGUUCACAGCGCGCCGCAUCUCAGUACACCUUGCUGCUUGGUUGAACCACUUGCCACGUACACUAUCGAGAACUUGCCCUCUGCUUACUGUAAUGUGUAUAAGGAUGCUGGUUGCAUCGUCAAUCAACUCAAACAACGUAUACCAAAGCUGGUUCUGUACAAGCCCGAAGCGAGACUGACCCUCAUGGCAAAUGAACCACUCGGCGACAUAGAAGUUUCCUUCGCCUCUGCAGCCCUUCCAGGCAGCUCUGACCUUUCACGGGAAGGUACAACGUCCCUGCAUGGCGUGGACAUGCGCGUCCGACUAUGGCGCCGGAAGCAAUUAGUCGAAGUGGCCCGCCACCAUCGCCCUGGGUCGACGAUGCCAGGGGCAAACGAAUGGAUCAAAAAGGUAAUUCCGACAAAUCCGAAUGGCCGCACUGUCCCAGCGGAGACCUGGAACACAAUGGAGCCUGUUGAACAGAGCGGUCUGCGUCAUCUGGCUGACUUCUUGCUUGUCUGUGAGGCUGUGGAAUCUGUAGCUCAGGUUCCCUCCGACAUUCGCACGUUUGUCGAAGACUCGGGUAAUAGGCUCUGGUCUACGGAGCAAGUUGCGAACGCUCGCCAGUCUUCGACUUCUAGUCAAGAUAAGGAUGGUCGCAAGCGUCUCGAUCAAGUGGUUUGCCGGAUGGAGCGAAGCCCUCGGCGGUCCUCGUCGGCACGAAGACCGGACGUCGCCAAAAACGAUGAGAUUACCCUGGCCACUGUGGCGACCGCAGCAAGCACGGUGUUCCCGUCGUUCAGCCUGCAGCCACGUCCGAGAAAGUUCUCGUCUGUGUUGUCCCUUCGGGUUGAAGAUGGCAGAGUCAUGGAUAAUGGCUCGGUCUUUGGGCGCGACUCUCGUCAUGAGGAGGAACAAUCCCCGCAGUCGGCGGUUGACGCCGAGAAGCAGGAUGAUGCGCCGCAGACGAAAUUUCUGCCUUCUGUGGGCUGGAUCAUGUUUCAUGACGGUGCAUCAUUGGAGAUCGAUACAGGCUGCGUCGAUGGGCACUCUGGGGCGGUGCAAUUUACCAGCUCCUCGAAGGAGCCUCCUUUCACGGAGGUCCUCAUCGGCGGUGGGACACAGGCGCAUAUCGCGGGAGUCCGCAGAUAA